AUGAAAAGCCCUAUCAUCAACACCAUCGUCCUCGCCCUGGCCGCCAGCGUGCAGCUUGUCGAGGGUUGCGCCUGGUACCACAGGUGCCGCUGCAAUAUGGCCGACGGCAGGCCUGACAACAAUGCCACGACGCUGGCAUGCGCCGAUCUGCGCCAAAACGUCACCGGCGCAGAUGGCCGCCACAGCACCGCCUACCUCACCACUUUCGACGCGAACGGCACGACGUGGUGCAACUACGGAAGCAACGGCAAGGUGUAUUACUACCCUAACAACUGCGAUUUCCGCGAGGCCUGCACCACGAUGGGUGCUGCCGGUCCGGACUCUUCGUGCGAGGACAAGCAGAAUUAA